AUGCCACUCGGGCUCUCGCAUUCGCGGCCGGCGCCUUCGCUGGUCGCGACGAUAUUCACCAUACUCCAUAUUCUCGCAUUAUCGCCGGCUGCGUUUGCUGCCGAGACACCCACCAGCAUAGACCCGAACAAUCUCGGCGGGUACGACCUCGAUCGCGGCGACACGUACGAGCCCAGUUUUGCGCCAUUCGAUCGCAGUUAUCUUGGCAAGCGAGCCAGCGUCAUCGCACCGCUCGUGAAUAAUAUUCCUGCCAAGUCAAAUCUCAAGCCAGGCGAAACAGCAUGCUAUCAACUCAAAAAAACCAUCGCGAGCGACAGCCAGGGCAGCGGAACGACUGCUCGCAGUCUCGACCUCAGCACUGCCGAGGUAGCCAUAAAUUCUAGCUCCGGUGCCAGCGUUUUGGCUCGUGACGACAGCCAGAAGCUGCAGGUCUUUCUGUCUGCAAAUACAUGCCUUCAGCCGUACCGCGUCCCUGGCGACGACAAGGCUGAUAUUGAGCCACCCCAGCUCACGCUGCUCAUAUCGAAUUUGAGCCAGUUGGGGUGCCCUGACAUGUCUAUGCAAGACACGUCCAACAUACAGAAAAGGGCUUUUGAGAGUGGUGCAGUUAUGUUCAACAUGAACAUUACAGAAGACUUGUACAUUACCGUCCAGGCCCCGAAUGUGUCGUCCAGCUACCAAGGCGUUUACUUCUUUGAGCUGGCUGGCUCUACUCAGGAUUACUAUCACAGAUACGUGAACAAGGACGGCCAAUUGUUAUGGCUCGAUAGUGAUGCCAGCUCGGCUCUGCUAGUCAGCAAGAAUCUGACCACAGAUCCCGACGAAACGAAGCAAAUCAUGGACGGCGGCAUGCGGUACCGGUUUUACAUUGAUAACGAGCUCUAUCCUAGACUACAUGGGCUUCAACACUCUACCUGUGGCCUCCAGACAAAUGCACAGAUCUACGCCACUCCAAACGGGACGGGAAAUUUGAAUCAGCUGGUCCACAUGACCAUGACGACACGCGGACCCGGUGGCUUUCCGAAGCAGCAAUUCUUUGUCACCGGGCUCAAUGAUACAACAGGAUAUCAAGGUUUCAUUGUCAGGACUCCAAACGCGACGGUAAUCAAACGCGAUGGAGAGGGAGUCGUCGGGGGCGGUGGCACUGUUUUCGCGUCCACGGCCUUCAACACUGUAUCAGGUACAAGCUGCAAGAUGGUGACGGACCUCGAGUUUUGCGACGAUAUACAAUACGCUGUACCCGGCAACCCCGACAAGUUCAAGGCCGACGACAGCCUAGGACAAAAGUACGAUGACUACGCCAGGGACAUGUACGCCAACUUUGAAAAGGCACUCAUGCAGGUGCAGUGCGAGGCGCCCUCAACCAAGAUGUACUCGCUCCUGAAAAACUGCGACGACUGCAGGCGGACGUACAAGAAGUGGUUGUGCACCGUCGUCAUGCCGCGCUGCGAGGACUACAACCUCGAUAGCCCGCACUCGGUCGUGCGCAACGCCGGGCAGCCGUUCCCGAACGGCACGCGGCUGCCCGCCGCGGACCUGGCCCUAUACGCCGCGCCCGCGCACAACAGGUCGCGCAACAGCUUUAUCGACGACCAGAUCGCGCCGGGCCCGUACAGGGAGCUCCUGCCCUGCGACGACCUCUGCUAUGAGGUGGUGCAAAGUUGCCCGUCAGCGCUACAGCUCGCGUGCCCACUGCGCAAGUUUCGCGAGUACAACUCGAGCUACGCGAAGCGCGACCCGGAUAAUAAGGAGGUAACGUGCAAUUACCCGGGCGAGCCGCGUACGCGCGUAAGCGCCGCGGUGGGUGUCGUCUUGCACACGACUUUUCUGUGCGGCAUGGCGCUGCUGAGUAUGGGGUUGUUGUAUUAA